UAGUAAUUUGGCUAAAUGGGAUUUACGAUUUAGCUAGAAUCCAUGGUGAAAUUUUCGAAAUCUGGGUCGGUCUACAACGUCAGAUAGUACUAAGAAGUUUGGAAGCAUGGGAAACUGAUACCGGGAUUACAUUUAAUCAAGUUGGCGAUUUAAUCGAAGUAUUUGAACGAAUCCUUCGUAUCUUCAUGGAACAUUUGAAAUGA